CAGCUCGAGUAGACCCUUGCUAUGCCGUACCACUCUGCCAAGGCAUGCACGUCAACAUCAACAACAAUAAUAUCCGUGUCUGCGAUUCGGGUUGAUUCCAUUGAGUAGCAGACAUGGCAGACUCAGAGCCGUCGUAUAUCGACUACGAAGCGUUUCUGGACCCCGGCUUCUCCGCCACAGCGUUCGCCAACACGCUGGUCCUGUCGACGAACAACCCCUCGGAUACACCUCUGGAUCUUUCGACACCCCUCUCCCGUGUCCUCUUCGACGUUCAGGAAAUCGACACGCACAUCGAUACGUUGACGACCAAGUCCGCGCUUCCGUUGCUAGAACACACUAGGGAGCAUGCAGAUGCGAGCGGGAGGAUAUUACACGAGGUGGAGGGACAGGUUGCCAGCUUGACGGAGUCCUACAAGACGCUGGAGAAGGAAGUUGUAGAAAGAUACGAGGUCGCGGAACAGGUUCGACUCACCGCCGAGCGACUGGUCGAGACCGUAAGGCUAGGAAGGGCGGUCGCUCGAUGCUUGAUGCUGGGGAGACAACUGGAGGUGCGCAUGUCGGAAUUGGGUGGGGUCGGCGGUGCAAAGAAGGAGGAUCACCGGGCGAUGGUGCGGUCUGCGGACACAUUGUUGUCGCUACGCCAGAUAUUCACCGCUUCUGGGCCUGGACAGGAGGGCGAAGGAUUGGACAGGGUCAAUGUGGUGAAUUCGUUGAAAAAUGAGCUAGUCAACCCGGGCGAGAGGAGCAUAGGGUCGCGGGCGCAGCAAGUUGUCAAGGAAUUCUCAAUGUCUUCACUUCUCACCUCUGCGGGGCAGUCUGCGGCGUCGACGUAUUCGCAGACGGAGGACACGAGGUCGAGGACGACGUCUGCCUUGCUCACGCUCUACCUGCUUUCGCCCACGUCCUCGGCGACGACAAUCGACAACUUCCAGCCGGUAUUGCUCCUCAAUGCGCUGCAGGACUAUCUACAGACUGCGCUCAAGUCGUCUCUCGCAUCCCUUGCGAGAGCACUAGCACAACUGCCUUCGCUGGAUCGAACCCUUCUGGAGGUAUCGGCCCGCUGCCAGAACAUUGUAGCUCUGGAGACGCUCCUCGAGACCAUCAAGCCCCCAUCACACCCGCUCCUCGACGAAGGAUCAACAACACGAUCGCCCAUAACCAACUUUCUCCAGCCGUUGCUCAGCUCCCUCGACACGUCUUCUCUGCCAUCCUACUUCUGGCGAUCCCUCGCCUCGAACCUGUCGCCAAAAGUGCAAGAGAUCAUGCAGAGAGGCGGGGUAUCAGCCAGGACGCUGCGUUCGAGGAAGGACCAGGUGCGGGACUCAAUACGGGAGUGCGUCAACCGCGGAUCGCAGUUGCCUAGUGGGCCGUUGAACAAGGGCAAGACGGUGGUUGCAGGGGGUUGGGAGCGGGAGGCCGCGGUGAUGAACGGGGCGAUCAUAGGACAGAUCCGAUGAUGAUCUAGUUGACGGAGAUAUAAUGCCUCCAGAGUGGAAAGUCCAAUUAUUUCGCUGAGGGUAGGCCUUUUGGUCUAUCAACCUGAAUAUGCAUGCAUGGCAUCUAGUUGUAUUUGUUUGAUGAAUACGGUUAUGUGGGCUGGCAAAGAAGCCAGUUCCUUGUCAAGCUGGGGAAACAACUCCCUCACCUACAGUUGUAACAUACGAAGGAGACGAAUGGCAUUCAUCAGUAUGGUUGGUUCGA